AUGGGAACGGCUCUGGCCUUCGGCGCUGUGCUGGCAGGGAACAAGCAGGAGGCCCUGGAAGGGAGCAGGCUGCCCGCCCACCCGCCUGCACGGGCUCACACUCGCCUGCCAGGCCAGGCUCUUGGACACUCCCUUCCCGCCUCUCUCCCACCUCCCUCCACAGUCCUCCAGCUUCGGAUCCACAGACGCUAUCAGGACACGAGCCUCUCAGGGUCCUUUGCUGCCUCUCCAUUCUCGGAUCCAGAUCCAUGGAUCUCAGCUGCAGACCCGGCUCUGGCUCCGGCCCCAGCCUCACCCUCGAGCCUAGCGCCUUUCCUCUUCAGCCCUGGGGUCCUUCUCCCUGAGCCAAAACACUACCCUUGGCGGUCCCUGAAGAAGGAGUCUCCCAAGAUCUCCCAACAUUGGAGGGAGCCCAAGCCCAAGAAGAACUUGACAUACCACCAGUACAUGCCCCCAGAACCGAGACAGGGGUCCAGGGCAGACCCCCAGGCUGAAGGUUCGGCCUUGGGUCCCCCUGGACCACCUCCAUGGGAAUGGACAAACUCACAGCAGCCACCUCCUAGGAUGAAGCUCAGUCCCCUCACUCCCUCCCCACCAGGAGUCCCCAGCCCUUCGCCCUCUCCACACAAGUUGGAACUUCAGACUCUCAAACUGGAGGAGCUGACGGUCUCAGAGCUCCGGCAGCAGCUGCGCCUGCGGGGCCUCCCAGUGUCUGGAACCAAGUCGAUGCUCCUGGAGCGCAUGCGCGGCGGCGCCCCGCCCCGCGAGCGGCCGAAGCCGCGGCGCGAGGAAGGUCCGGCGGGUGCUCCCUGGCCUCGCUUCAGGCGCAAGGCUUUGGGAGCCGCUGGGAGGCCGGGCUCGUUGAAGCCGAGUCCAACAUCUCACUCGCUGCCCCCUCCACGUGCCACGGAAACCCUUGUGACGGCUCCGGCUCCUGUUCCGGCUCCGGCUGCAUCGGCGGCUCAGGCUCCAGCUCCAGCUCCAGCUGCAGUACCGAUCCCUUCUUCAGCAGCAGCCUCGACAGCCCUGACACUGGAGGAGGAGCUGCAGGAAGCGAUCCGCAGAGCGCAGUUGCUUCCGAACCGGGGCAUCAGUGACAUCCUGGAGGAUCAUGUGGAGCCUGAGGACAUGCUGCCCCCCAUCCCCCUGGACUUCCCCGGCUCCUUCGACUUGCUGUCCCCCUCCCCGGACUCUGAAGGCCUCUCAUCUGUCUUCUCUUCCUCGCUCCCAUCCCCCACGAACUCCCCGUCCCCCUCUCCCAGGGGCCCCACCGACUCCUUGGAUUGGCUGGAGGCUCUGAGUGGGGGUCCCCCACUGGGCUGUGGCCCCCCAGCCCCCAGCAUUUUCUCUGCUGACUUAUCUGAUUCCAGUGGCACCAGGCUGUGGGACCUGCUGGAAGAUCCAUGGUGA